CACAUAACGGGAAGUUAUGUUCUCCUUGUUGGGCAGCUUGACACUGUUGGAGGAGUGGAUGUAAGUUAGGUGAAACGAUUUCAGACAAAGUUGUUUUCGGUGUCUGACAGUACCAUGUCAGUAUGUAUAGCUGCUUUUUGACGGUGGAGAGGCAGCGUUUCCACGAUGGCGGUUACCGCGGCACAGGCGUUUCCAUGACGGCUAAACUGAAAACUUAGGUAGCAAACUUUGAGCAAGGAGCUGGAAUCUUGUCCCAGACUUCCCCCUGUUAUCACUACAGAAACUAACGCCACCAUGGCACACACUACUUCUUUUUCGACAUGGGCAUUUGCAUUAAGUUUAUGCUUCAGCGUGUCCGAGUGUUACUUUUCCAUACCACUCAAAAUAUACACAGGGAAAUACAAUUUAUCCUCGGAUGUGGAUUUGACUCCUCUCCGGCGAGUCGCGUUAACGUCUGAUGCUAACGGCCUCUCUUUGGCCUCUGAUCCGACUGGGACAGUGAGCUUCCUGGACAUGGUGAACAACUUAGAAGGGGACUCUGGAAGAGGCUACUACAUAGAACUGUCCAUUGGUACACCUGGCCAAAAGCUAAACAUCCUGGUGGAUACAGGCAGCAGCAACUUUGCCGUGGCUGCUGCUCCACACCCAUUCAUUACUCACUACUUCAACACUGAACUCUCCAGUACUUACGAGUCAGUCGGCCGGACAGUGGCUGUUAGGUACACCCAGGGUAACUGGGAAGGUGAACUGGGCAUUGAUCGUGUUUCCAUCCCCAAAGGCCCAAAUGGGACCAUCAUCACCAACAUAGCUGCCAUCCUGUCAUCUGACAGCUUCUUCCUCCCUGGGAUCAACUGGCAGGGAAUCCUGGGACUGGCCUAUCCCAUGUUGGCACGGCCCGACAUGUCUGUGGAGCCCUUCUUCAAUUCUUUGGUGCAACAAAUGGGAAUUCCUGACAUCUUUUCCCUCCAGAUGUGUGGCGCUGGACUGUCAGCCAGCAGCACAGCAGACCCAGCGGGAGGCAGUCUUAUCAUGGGAGGGGUUGAACCAACGCUGUACCGGGGGUCAGUGUGGUACACCCCUAUAGUAGAGGAGUGGUACUACCAAGUGGAGAUUUUGAAGUUGGAGGUUGGAGACCAGAAUCUGGAACUGGACUGCAGAGAGGAGCCAGUUGAACUGAGAAACUGCACUUCACUCUGUCUCCCUUUCUUUCAGUAUAACAUGGAUAAAGCUAUAGUUGACAGUGGGACGACACUGCUGCGUCUUCCUGUCAACGUCUUCAAUGCGGUGGUAGAAGCCAUCAAACACAGCUCUCUGAUCCAGGAUUUUUCUUCAGGGUUCUGGGAUGGCACAAAGCUUGCAUGCUGGAUGAAGGGAGAGACCCCCUGGAAGUUUUUCCCCAAGCUGUCCAUCUACCUAAGGGCCACAAACAACAGCCAGUCCUUCCGCAUCACCAUCCUGCCUCAGCUGUAUAUCCAGCUAAUCGCAGACGUGGAUGGCACGUUAGACUGCUUCCGUUUUGGAGUGUCUUCAUCAGCUAACGGCCUGGUGAUCGGCGCCACUGUUAUGGAAGGCUUCUACGUGAUGUUCGACCGCGCUCAGCAGAGACUGGGCUUCGCACUCAGCAGCUGUGCCGUGAGCGGUGAAGUGGCUCUGUCAGAGAUCGCAGGGCCCUUCUCGGCAGCAGACGUGGCGUCCAACUGCUCGGGCGGGACGGUGAAGGAGCCUUUUAUGUGGGUGAUCGCCUACUCCCUGAUGGCAGUCUGUGCCUUGGUGCUCAUCAUCCUGUUUCUUCUGCUGGUCCUACCCUGCCGAAGCAGAGACAGCUCCGGGGAGAUUACCGACGAGUCCUCGCUGGUCCGGCACCGCAUCAAGUGACUGAGAGGAAAUGGGCAGGCGGACAGGGUGAACGGGCAGGGGGACAGCGAGGACAGCCCAUCCGCAGCAGUGGAGAAAGGGGUGAGGCUCGGCCUGCACCGAACAGUGACACUCGGCUCUGAAUGUCUGACUGACUCUAGACUGUACUCAUCAGGUUGCCCCACAGAGGUAGAUGCAGACAGAUAAACUGCCUCUUGAAGGGAAAAUCCAGCCUAAAGACACUUCUUAAAAACAGCUGUUGGUGAAGCAUUCAUGGUGCCAAUGUUUUGUUUGUUGACAUAUCUUUCUUAUUCUCAAAUAAUUGGUUAUAUCAUCAGACGAACAGGUGCACUUUCUCCACUGAGUGUAGCUUUAAAUGUUUAUAAUGCCAUGUGGCUACAGGGCAGUUUUUAGUCCUGAUUUACCUUUUCUCAACUGGAAAGACACAACAACUAUUGAUGCACUGAACAGUUGAAAAGUUGUUGAUUUUCCAGGCAAACUGUAUUAUUAAUUUGUAUUAUUAAUUUGUCUUAAAAUGUGCCUUUACAGUUGAUAAUCUGCAACCAACUGUUGUAACCCAACUCUGUGAUCAGUGAAGGAAUGUUUCUAGUGCCUCCAUAUAUUGUUGAAGUAAAGGGGAAAAGCUGCUCAAACAAUCAAUGUUAAUAGGAAGAAUAUUGCUAGAGGUUACACACGUUUACAGUGCCUGUGUCAGCUCACCGCUUAUACAGAUUGAUAUACAGUAUCAGCAGUUUGAGACUUACUCUGCUGAAUUGCACUUUGUUUCAGUCAAAAGUUAAUAGGAAUCUAAAGAUCAAUAUUUCAGUCUCUUUGAAUGUGAUUUGUAUUAUUACAAUUAUUUUCCUUUUAGACACUAGAUGCUGAAUGGUACAUAUGUAUUCUGCACAUUUUAUACAAACACUAAAUUAGAAGCCAAAGGAUUUUUGAAACUGAAACACAUGAUCCUCCCGCGGACUCCAGUGAGCUUUUUUAGCAAAGCAGACUGACCUGUUAGCAAGAAAAACGUAGUCUCUUUACACUUGUGACAUCUUCAUAUGUAAAAGUCAGGGCAUAAAACGUGCUCCUCCGCUGAGACUGUGCUGCACAAUCAAUCUGAAAUAUGUGCUUGUUGGUUCUGACCAGAGGAUCAGCUGUAGAGGUACACUUGAAUCUUUGAAUGUUCACAUAAUUUGCCUGUGCCAAAAUUGUACUUGUGUGACCAAAUCAAAGGUGUAAAUCAUUUUAAAUGAAUAAAUAUUUCUUUUUGUGAAAGGUUA